GGCCUUUAACGCAACACCGACUGACGCUGUAACCAUGGAAGCAGUCGUUCUGGGAAUCGCGAUGACAACAAAACAAGACGAAAUCUUUGACAGCGUCCUCUCCGGGGACCUGGAAAACAUAAAGCACCUUCUGGAAAGCAACGAUGCCACAGAAGAGUCAGAGGAGCAGGAUUUGUUCGGAAAAGUGGACGAGAUGGGAAGAAACGCCUUGAUGGUCGCUUCCAUGUUGGGAGAGAGCAGCAUCGUCCGUGAACUGGUGAAACAGGGCGCCAGGGUGGACGGCCAUACCGUCAGAGGUUAUACAUCGCUGCAUCUCGCUGCUUGCUGGGGCCACCUGGACACAGUGAGGACUCUGCUUGAACUGGGAGCUGACACACAGGCCGAGACCUUCAGAGGGGAGAGGCCUGUGGACCUGGCCAGGAAAUAUUCCCAGACGGACUGCUGUGACUGCCUCACGCAGGCUGAGCAUGAACAGGAAGACAUCAUCCCUGACUCAGAUGAAACUCACGCAGGAUCAAGAGACACACUCUCUACAAAGGAGAUUGAUACAGCGAGUCAAAAAACCCAAAGAGCCAAGCAUUUGAAAAAAAAGCCUAUGCUUUAAGAACAUUGUGUGCAUUAACGGCGUAAAAUGUAAGCCUAUUUCCAAAACUGUUUGGUACUGAGCACACAAGAUUUUCAUUAAAACAGCAGAGG